UCCUCCACCAAAGCAGCAAAGCAGAGGAAAGCAAAGCAACCAAAGAAACAUUUAAAACAGAAAAGGAAAAAAAAAAAACAGAGAAGCUCGAGGAAGUUAGUCAAGAAAAAAAAGAGAAAACAAUUUUUUUUUCUAGAGAAUGAAAGGAGAAUUAGAGUUGCCACCGGGUUUCAGAUUCCAUCCCACAGAUGAUGAGUUGGUGAAUCAUUAUUUGUGUAGGAAAUGUGCAUCUCAGCCUAUUGCUGCGCCCAUUAUUGCUGAGAUCGAUCUCUACAAGUUUGACCCAUGGCAGCUUCCAGGCAUGGCGUUAUGCGGUGAAAAAGAGUGGUAUUUUUUUUCUCCAAGGGAUCGAAAAUAUCCGAACGGAUGUCGGCCGAACCGGGCGGCUGGAAGCGGGUAUUGGAAGGCAACCGGGGCGGACAAGCCAAUUGGGAAGCCCAAGACACUGGGCAUAAAAAAGGCACUCGUUUUCUACGCUGGCAAAGCCCCACGCGGUGUCAAAACCAAUUGGAUCAUGCAUGAAUACCGCCUUGCCAAUGUUGAUAGGUCCGCUGACAAGAAGAACAGAAACUUGAGGCUUGAUGAUUGGGUACUAUGUCGAAUAUACAACAAGAAAGGAAGCAUUGAGAAACAUUUCCCAAGUGAACAGAAAAGGAUAAGUUACCCAGAGAUGGAAGAUCAGAAACCAAACAUUUUAAUGAAUGGUCAAAAUAUGACAGCACUGCCACAAAAACAACCUUCAUCAGUGUCCAUUAUGAAUGAUCUCUUUCAAACGGAUGCUUCAGAUUCUGUCCCAAGGUUGCAUGCAGACUCAAGUUCCUCGGAGCAAGUUCUGUCACCUGAAAUCACGUGCGGGAAAGAGGUCCAGAGUGAACCUAAGUGGAAUGAGCUUCAGCCAAGCAAUGCACUUGAUUUUCAGUUCAAUUACAUGGAUGAUGGAUUCCAAGAUGACCCAUUUGCAAGUCAAGCUCAGUACCAGAUGGAGCAGCUUUCACCAUUGCAGGACAUGUUCAUGUAUCUACAGAAGCCAUUUUGAUCAUUACAUUAUAAACACAAACCAAAAAAAGUGGUCCGAAACAAUUUUAAUAGAUUUAUGUCAUAUAAUAUUGGAUUCAUGCACAUGUUAAACAAACGUGCAGGUGACAUAUUAAGUCGUAGGAUUAGGAAGCAAACAAACAAUUUGUCAAAUUCAAUGGGGUGGGUGGCUAAAAAGUGCUAGAGCAGAGCAGGGUGGCUUGACUAAAGAGAUUGGGUAUUUCGUGGGUGUAGCAUUUAUUGGUUCGUUGAUCCAAUGGCAACUGUUAAAUUUCCUUCAUGUGAAUAGUUGAUAAGAUUAUAGGAAAUUCUUGUAUGCGUAAGAUUUAUAGAAGAAAUUUUUUCAAAGAACAAUGAAUAUAUACGAACUAGUAUAUUGCAAUUCAAGAACGGAUAUUCCAAUUGGAUUU